GAUCUCCAACCCUCCUCAUGAAUAUUGUUGAUCAGCCGCACAAACCCGACAAGGUGUUGGAUCUUCACCAACGAGCAGUGGAAAACUUGGAGAGCAUUCUCUCUGAAGAUGAUGCUGAGUCAGAGGGCUCGGAUUGCUCCAUGUCUGAAUCCGAUGAAUAUGAUGAGGAUUUGGAAAUGGAGGAUGAGGUGGAUGACUCGACUACCUUAAGCAUGUACCAAGAGGGGCUCCGGAAAGAAAAUCUAGUUCGGAAGGGGAGCGUUCUGUCAACAAUGUCUCAAAAGAAAGGAAGGCUUGGAGAAGAUUUAAUAUCAUUGGUUGGAAUUGUAGGGGUUCCACUGGCAAAGAAAAAGUUUUCAGAAUUCGUAGGCUUCUCCAAGAAAAUAAUAUUGACAUGCUUGCUCUGGUAGAGACUAGAGCGAAUUGUGACCGUGUUUCCCGUUUUUGUAACCAGUUUUCCAGAUGCUGGAAUUGGGUUGCAAUUCCUGCGGAUGGUUAUUCUGGGGGGAUCAUCAUCCU